AUGGCUUCGGAUUCUGCAGCCACCACUCGUCGCUUAUGGUCAAAGUUGGAGGACGGAAGACUCGUUUCUCUCGUGCAAAGGUUUGGCGAUCAGCGAGGAAAGGAGGUAGGUGUUGAGAAUCAGGCUAAUGGUAACCAGGACUGUCGGAAACGAUGGUUUCAUUCGUUGGAUCCGGCUUUGCGGAAGGGCAGAUGGUCAAAAGAGGAGGAUGAGCUUUUACUUGCAGCGUAUAAGCAAUUAGGACCUGCUUGGAAAGAUAUCGCACUCUUGAUUGAGGGUCGCAAAGAUGACCAAUGCGCAAAAAGAUACAAUGAUAUUCUGAAUCCAUUGGCAAAAGACCGGCUUAAGAAUUGGUCGCCGCAAGAAGACCAAUACCUUGCUGCAAAGGUGCAAGAACUCGGUCACAAAUGGGCUGCUAUCUCUGCUGGAUUACCAGGUCGUCCUCCCCUGACAUGCAGAAAUAGAUGGAGGAGACUUUCAAAAGAUCUCUUGAAACAACCCGAAGAACCUUUCAAUACUCCAACACCAGCACUUGGACCAGAUUCCCAGUCCAUCGCUGACAGUUUUCCGACGGACCUGUCGUUGUACUCAGUGGAUCCGGAUGGAUUGAAUGAUCCUCAGAGCCUUGAUAUCUCUACCGACCUAUCACUAGGCCUUCUACCCGAUAAUACCUUACUCUCACCUGUAUACGGAAUGGACACCAUGAGUAUCCAAAGUGGCUCAGUUUAUGGAAUGGAUAAUAUCAAUCUUCACAACACACCAAGACCAGAUAUGACACAUGGAUUACCUGAUUCAGGUUUUUCAUUCCAACAACUUGAAGAGCUCUAUGAAUCCGCCUCAGAAGGACCCUCAUUCGCACUUCCAGAUCGAAAUUACGAAUCAGAACCAAACAUGCUAACGGAUUUUUCGAUUUCGAAUCUUAUGAACACGCACACGCAUACUCGUCCGCGCUAUUCUUGGCAGAUUAAUGAUGGGAAUUAUCUGUAUAAUAUCGCUUCUCUUGAUCUGGCUAAUACUCACCCCCGGGUUCGUCCAAAUCCUCCGAGAUCAUUGCAGACUCGGAUGCCGGGUCCAGGAACUAGUUUGGUUAUUCCGGAAGUAGAUGAAGAGUCUGAUCCCCUACUGGAACAAGCAGCUGUUCGUCAGGUCUUCUCGAAUGACUCGAUGGGUGGUGAUCUGGUAGCGGGGGCUGGGCCUGGUCCUGGAGUUGUGCAGCAUCAUCAUCAUUUUCACCAUCAUCAUUAUCAUCAUCACUACCAUCAUUAG